AUGUGCAGGCACUUUUCGACCCGGUGCAACCACCGCGCGGGGUGUAUUCAUGUUCUCACGCUAAUGACGUCGACCUUUAGAGUUCGCUCCUUCGAUAAUACACGCAGCGAAACGAUACAGUUCCACACACCUCUCACGCUGAUUGUCGGAUACAAUGGUUCGGGAAAGACGACUAUCAUUGAGUGUCUGAAAUAUGCCACGACCGGUGACCUGCCUCCGAACAGCAAGGGCGGAGCUUUCAUCCACGAUCCGAAGCUAUGUGGCGAGAAGGAGGUACUGGCCCAAGUGAAGCUAUCAUUCAAGGCUACCUCCGGUGCGAAAAUGGUAGCAACGCGCAGCCUACAGCUCACUGUCAAGAAGACUACAAGACAGCAAAAGACUCUGGAAGGACAGCUGCUCAUGAUCAAGAAUGGUGAACGGACAGCUAUCUCUUCGCGGGUGGCUGAACUAGAUCAGAUCAUGCCGCAAUACCUAGGUGUCUCCAAGGCAGUUCUAGAUUCGGUCAUUUUCUGUCACCAGGAUGAAAGUCUGUGGCCAAUGAGUGAGCCCUCGGUGUUGAAAAAGAGAUUUGAUGAAAUUUUCGAGGCCAUGAAGUACACCAAAGCCAUUGACAACAUCAAAGCUCUUCGGAAGAAGCAGAACGAGGACCUUGGGAAGUUCAAAAUCAUGGAACAGCAUGCGAAGGAAGAUAAAGACAAAGCGGAUCGGGCCGAAAAACGUUCUGUCAAGCUUCAGGAUGAGAUUGAGGCGCUGCGUGAGGAGACGCAGCAAAUGUCGAAAGAGAUGCGCCGAGUCGCCGAUCUUGCCGAUAAGGCCUGGACGCAAUCGGAAAGCUAUGCCCAGGUCCUCGGUGCUCUUGAAGGGAAGCGCAUUGAAGCCAAGAGUAUCCAGAAUACCAUUGACAACCUCAAGAGACAUCUGGUAGAAUUGGAUGACUCUGAUGAAUGGCUUGAAUCUACUCUGGAACAAUUUGAAACAAAACAAAUCCAAUAUCAACAACAAGAGGAGUCUCAAAAAGAGAACUACAUGGAGCUGAAAGAAAAGAUUGAACAAGCCCGCCAUCGUCUCGGUCUGAAGCAGGCAGAGAACGGAAAAUUUGAGAACGACAAAGCCAACUUCGAACGCCAGUCUGAAAGACGCCAAAAGAUGAUCAAUGAGAUUGGUCAUGCGAACAGCAUUCGCGGCCUUGACGACAGAAUGGACCAGAGUGCUGUAGACACCUUCAUGCAAAGGAUCCGACGCCUCUUGAAGGAACAGAACCAGUCUCUGGAUCGUGUGAAGCGUGAAGCUCAGAAAGAGCUCCGCGAAGUUCAGGAAACAUUGAAUGAAAUUGGCCAGACAAAGUCGGCACUCCAAGAAAGCAAGAACGCGGCAAAGCGACAGAUUGCGGCGAACGACAAGGAGGCAUCGGCUUACCAAGGGAAACUUGAUGGCAUUGAGGUCGAUGAAGGUGUGCAGGCAGCACUCGAGUCAAAGGUUGAGGAUAUCACAUCUAGUCUGGACCACGCGAAAGAGCGAGCCAAGAACGCUUCGUGGGAUAAAGAAAUCCAGGAUACCAACACGGAGAUCCGUCGCCUUGAGGAUGAAAGCUCGCGGCUUAAUACCGAGUUGAUUGAUUCGACCAAGAAGGCCGGCGAGCUGGCUCGCCUGGAUCACCUCAAGAAAGAAUCCAAAGACCGCGAGCGCAGCCUACAAACGAUGAAAGGAGCCCAUGGGGAGCGUCUCGAGAAAGUGGUCGGCUCUGAUUGGCAACCAGAGACAUUGGAGCGAAGUUUCCAGCAGGCGCUUGAUGGCGAAACGAGGAAGGUGACCGAUGCGGAGCGAGAACGCGAUAGCGUGAGUCGAGAGUUAGAGCAAGUCGAGUUCAAGCUCAAGACUGCCACAAAGAAUCUCAAGCAACGACAAAAGGAACUCGACGAUUGCGCCAAGGAAAUCCACGACGCAGUGGAAUCUGAACCUGCAAUGUACCCGGAAAAAUUAAAGGAACGCCAAGAAAAUUAUGAGGCAGCCCGCAAGGAUGCUGACCAGUACGCUGGAAUGGGGGAGUAUUUCACUAUGUGUGUGAACGCUGCCGAACAAACCAAGAAGUGCCGAACCUGUGCAAGAGCUUUCAAGAAUGAGGCAGAAGUUCAAACUUUCACGAAAAAGCUGAAUGCCCUCAUCAAUAAAGCCAGUCUUGAUUCUGAGGCUGAGGCCGACUUGAAAAGAUUUGAAGAAGAACUUCAAGCUGCCCGUGAAGCCGGUACCUCCUAUGACUCUUGGGCCCGCUUAUCGAAAACCGAUAUCCCAGAACUAGAGCAAGAGGAGCAAGAAUGUGAAUCACAACGUGAUCAGCUUUUGGACAAGCUAGAGACCCGCGAUGGAAAGGUCACCGAGAGGGUUGAGAGCAAGCGCGAGGUUGAGGCACUCUCCAAAACAGUCAGCACCAUCGUACGUUACGAUGCGGAGAUCAAGACAAUCAAAUCUCAAAUCGAGGAGCUGUCUGCGAAACAGCAAGAUGUGAAUGCUACUCGCACCCUUGAAGACAUUCAAGAGGAAAUUGCCGCCAUCAACGAGAAGGCCCGGGAUUCAAAGAAGGCACUCAAUAAAGUGACCAAUGAAAAAGACAAGACCCGUGCCGAGAUCAACGAUCUCGAGCUCAAAUUCAGGGACGCGAAGAGCAACUUGGACAAUGCCAAAUUCCAACUUGAAAAGAAGGCGGAUCUGAUCGUCCGAAUGGAAGAGUUUAAAACCCUUAACUCGCAACAGCGAGAGGCAAUCGAGAAGGCAGAUCGCGAUAUCGAGGCUCUCACUCCGGGUUUGCUUCAAGCCCAAGCCCGCUAUGAUGACAUCAGCCAACGAACCGAUGAGCGUGAACGAGAUCUGCAGCAUGAGAUCACCCGUCUCUCUGAGAGCAUCAAUCAACUCGACCUUGCUAAUGACGAUAUUAACUCGUACAAUGAGCGAGGUGGCCCAGACCAGCUUGAACGAAGCAAACAUGAGCUCCAACGCAUCGAAGAAGAAAUCGAAAAGCUUGAAUCCGAACAAGGCGCGAUCACAAAAGAUAUCAACAAGAUUUCGGCGCAGCUAAAGGAUAGCGAGAACACCAAACGGCAGUACUCUGACAAUCUGACCUAUCGCCAAGCUACUCGAUCUCUCCAAACGGUUGAGGAAGAAGUCGAGCAACUCGAAGCACAGAAUGCCGAAGUUGAUCGUAGUCGAUUCAAGCAAGAGUCGGAACGCUGGACCCGUGAACAUAAUGCCCUUGCUGCCAAACAGGCUAGCAAAAUGGGUGAAAUGAAAUCCAAGGACGACCAGCUGAUGCAGUUACUGGCGGACUGGAACACAGACUACAAGGAUGCUUCCUCAAAGUACAAAGAGUGCCAUAUCAAAGUUGAAACCACCAAAGCGGCCGUCGAUGAUCUCGCCCGUUAUGGCGGUGCCCUUGAUAAAGCAAUCAUGCAAUACCACGGCCUGAAAAUGGAAGAAAUCAAUGCUAUUGUGGGUGAACUCUGGCAAAAGACCUACCGCGGAACAGAUGUCGACACCAUCCUCAUUCGAUCUGACAAUGAGAACGCCAAGGGCAACCGAUCCUACAACUACCGCGUGUGCAUGGUCAAGUCUGGCGCGGAGAUGGAUAUGCGUGGGCGGUGCAGUGCGGGUCAGAAAGUACUGGCUAGUAUUAUCAUUCGACUUGCCCUUGCGGAGUGUUUCGGUGUGAAUUGCGGUUUAAUCGCCCUCGAUGAGCCCACCACCAACCUGGACCGAGACAACAUUCGCUCUUUAGCUGUGUCGUUGCAUGACAUCAUUCGCUCUCGCCAACAACAGGCCAAUUUCCAGCUGAUUGUCAUUACCCACGACGAAGAAUUCCUGCGGAACAUGCAGUGUGGUGACUUCUGUGAUUAUUAUUACCGCGUUUCGCGCAAUGAGAGACAGAAGUCGAUCAUUGAGCGGCAGUCUAUUGCUGAGGUCAUGUAA